AUGGGGCGGUUUGUGAUCACAUUUCUUGUAGUUACACAGAGGAUCGCGACAGUAUUGUCUCAGCAAAAGGUUCCGGAAAAUAUAACACAGGCAGUGGUCAGUGGUUCUCAAACAUCAGAGACAACAGCAACAUUGAAAUGCGGUUUCUCAAAUCCGGGAGGUCUUAUAUAUCGGUUCCAAAACGGGCCUCUUGCGGAUUUCGGGGAGUUCCCUUGGAUGGUCGCCAUCAUUAGGAAGUCAAACGUCUCGUCACAUCAGUGGCAACAGAAAGACUACGUAGCUGCCGGCUCCAUCAUCCAUCCGUCAGUGGUGCUUACCACCGCGCACUGGAUAGGCGAGUUGAACCCAGGCGAGAUCAAAAGUCGAGCUGGCGAGUGGGAUACCUCUGGGAUGGAAGAACUGUAUGUCUACCAAGAGAGAAACGUAAUGAAAGUCGUGAAGCAUCCGGACUUUUUUAGUGAGUCGUUGGCGAACGACCUCGCCUUGCUGUUCUUGGACGAACCUUACGACCUACCUCCUGCGCCGCAUAUGGGCUCGGUGUGUGUCGCACAAACUGUUCCAGUACCAGGCAGCGAGUGUUUCGGCAUGGGAUGGGGCCUAGGCGCCAAAAACCGUAGUAACGUACUGAUGAAACUCAAAGUGAACGUGUUGAGCCGCGACGAUUGCGAGGAACUGAUGAAGAAGACCAGGCUCGGAGACUCAUUCCAAUUGCACGAAAGCUUCGUCUGCGCCAGCUCCGCCGAAAGCUGCGAGGGGGACAUUGGAGCAUCGCUCGUUUGCCCAAUUACCGGCGAUAGCGCCAGAUUUUCGCUGUACGGCCUUAGUGCGUAUCGAGUGAGCGAGCCGGGUGCACCGUGCUUGUAUGUCAACGCGCCGUCGUUUUACAAAUGGAUCGGAGAGAGCAUGGCCGAAGAGGGAUUUAACACAUCUACCUACACAUACGAACAGUCC